AUGACUCCUGACAUUCCAGUUAUUCAGUCAUCAUGGUACAGCAUUAUAUGGGACUCUGGGGAUCGCCUAUCCCCUACCCCCAAACCCCUCUCGAACUCUGCCAUAGUGUUCUUGGGUAAUGGGGUUUUUGGACUAUUUCUUUUCUUCAGAAAACCAUCAGUCGAGGAGCAGAAGAUCCUGAUUCCCAGUGCCAGUAUGAAUGGCAUCAGACACCGGAAUAAAGGAUCGUUUGGUAGCAAUAUCAGUGGCUCUGUCAUUAGUUUAUUUACUGGUAGAUCUAAUACUCAAAAAUCAUUCUACGAUUCGAGACAAUCACUAUAUUCCAACACUGGACAGGACAAGCUGUUACUUCCACAGACUAACGGUGGUCCAGGGUACUUUAAGCUCCCGUCCAACUCAAUACCCAACACAGAAAUUCCAGUACGCAGAGCUUCUUUUGACAUAUCUGAUUCUCAGGACCUGGAGCUUCAGAGGGAGCGGGCCAAUACAGAUCACAGCGAUAGAGAUAUACCAGUCGUUACCACAGAACGAGAGAGGAAGUUCUCCACGCCUUUUAAUUUUACAUUCUUUAGAAAGGAGAGAGAUGACAAACCAGAUUCUUCAGCUUCUAAACCUUCGAGAUUCCAAGUGGAGCCAGUAACAAAUGAUCCAGAUCAGGAUUUUGUGGCACCAAAAACACGGCGGUCAGGACAGAUCAUGUGUCAGCUAGAAAAAUAUAACAUGAAACAUAAUAUCUCCCGACCACCAGUGUUGUCUGCUAUAGAAGAAGGGGGGACAAUCCAUAGCAUCAGACAACUACCAUUAUCUGGUGAUAAUAGUGACUUAUCAGAUCCUUUUGACGAUCCUCAUUUACUACAGAGACAAAGGUCGACAGAUACCAACCGAUCAAUCAGCUCAUGGGAAGACGAAGACAUAUUAGAUGAACCUUAUUCACCAUAUGCUAAUAAUAGAAUUAUACCGGAAAUUAUUAUAGAGGAAUGCAAAUAGAACACAUUAGUAUACACAAAAUAUAUCAAAUGACAUUAUUAGCUAUGUGGACUCACUAAAAUUGUGUCAAUUGUCUUAACUUAAUAACAAUAAAUAUCAACUAUGUGAACUCUCUGAAACGCAUGCCAAUUUGUCUGUUAAGUUGUGUGCGUUACCUACUAUCAAAUGAUCGCCAUUAUAAUGUAAACUCUCUGAAAGAUGUCUUACCUAGAAGAGUAUACAUCAGUAUACAUACAUGUAUACCAAAUGGCAUAAUAAACUAUGUGGACUCUCUGAAAGACAUGCCGAGUUGUGUAUGUUACCUUGCUAACAAAUGAACGCCAGAACAAUGUAAACUAAAUGCCAAAUGACUUAAUAAACUAAGUGGUCUCUCUG